GUGGUUUGCCAGCACCUCCUGUGUCAUCUCGAUAACCAAACUUGACAUGGACGACACCAACCUCACCGCGCAACAGAAGAACGAAGUCAUUGCACGGGUCCGUGCUGAGGUCCAACAGCAAGGCCUCCAGGAGCUGACCCAGGCCGUGCAGGAAAAGUGCUUUAACAAGUGCGUCACCCGGCCACAAGAACGACUUGACAGCAAGCAACAACAAUGCUUGUCCAUGUGCAUUGAGCGAUACAUCGAUACGAUGAAAGUCGUGUCGGCCUCGAUGAUGCAGCGCGGCCAACGGGGCUAGUCACCACGGUCACUCGUUCUGCACAGUUUUGCUGCUGCUAUGUCCAGCAGCAGUGACUUGGUUGCAUAUCAAGCGCAUUCGGUUAACGACGAACGUCUUCUUAUCAUGGCUUUGGUUAACUUUGUACUACCGGUAGUAUACGGUACACCAGUCGAACACGAGAUUCGUGAUGUGGGUAGAGUUCAUAGAUUUGUGGGGGCGGCUUCAUAUGUCCAUGGCGCACGUUGGUAUGGCUAAUCGAGCUGCCGGUAGUUGGAUCUACAGUAGCACGUACCCUUCCAUGUGGUCCAGCAUUG